AUGGUAGGCGUGAUAACCGAUGGCGCUCCAGCUAUGGUGGGUCGUGAUAAGAGUCUCGUGAGGUUAUGUCGUAAAGAUGAAAGUUUUACGCUAUUUCUUUGUUACCACUGCAUUAUCAAUCAGCAAGCAUUAUGUGGACAUUUUAUAAAACUAAACAACGCUAUGAAAUUGGUAGUGAACAUUGUGAAUAAGAUUAGAGCUCAAGCGUUACAAAGAAGAUUAUUCAAAACAUUGGCUGAUGAAAUUGACUUGACAUACGGGAACUACUUUUUCACUCUGAAGUCCGAUGAGGAAUUAAAUGAACCUAAGUUGCAGCUUCAGGAGAGAGACAAAGAACUAGCAGAAAUGAUUUCUGAUAUAAAAGCAAUUCAUACAGAAAAAUGCAUUCUAAAAUUAGGUAAGCUACUGGUGUAA